AUGAGGGCGUGGUACCUGCUGGGGGCGCUGGGGGUGUUAAUAGCCCUCUGCGGCGCCCAGGUCCUGCCUAGCUUCGCGGGUAUAGCCGCCCUACUGCAGCCUUUCAUUCCGACCAAGCUAGCAUAUGGCGGGAACCUGAGCGGCACUCUGGCAGCCGUUGGUCUCGGGCUCUUUGAGGCUGGAGUCUUGGCCGGCUACAUCACCAACUACUCCCAGGUGACGCGUAGAGCCUAUGACCAAGAGAGGAAGAAGAAGAAGGAGGCCUUGGAGGAAAUUAAGAAGGAGCAGGAAGCCAAGACAAAGCAGGCAGAAAGUAAAAAAUCUCCCAUUGUUUAUGAGGCAGAUUACGAAGAUGCUGAUGCUCAGAUUCCCUCGCGACCAUCUUAUGGUAGCCCAUCGUCUCAAAACGUCUACCACAGCCCAACAUCUACAAAUAUUUACCACAGCUCAUCGCCUCAAAACGUUUAUCGCAGCCCAUCGCCUCAAAACGUUUAUCGCAGCCCAUCGCCUCAAUACGUUUAUCGCAGCCCAUCGUCUCAAUACGUUUAUCCCAAUCAGUUCACUCGUCGUCAGACCCGUUCAAACAAACAGGAACUGCAACAGGUGGAUGAGGUGCAGAGGUUGUUGAUGUCCGCCGCGACUCAGUUGGACACAGACGGCUGUGUCCUGAAGCUUCUGUGUCACCUAGACACCAAGGAACAGGAGGAACGCACUCUGCAGGAAGAUGUCCUCCUCAAUCUCUUUUACAACAGUCCGGAGAUGUUGUCCUCAUACAACACUGAACUGAGAGCCAGAGGGACCGGAUUGGACGAGACCAGAGGGACCGGAUUGAACCAGACCAGAGGGACCGGAUUGGACGAGACCAGAGGGACCGGAUUGAACCAGGCCAGGGGGACCGGAUUGAACCAGACCAGAGGGACCGGAUUAGACGAGACCAGAGGGACCGGAUUGAACCAGGCCAGAGGGACCGGAUUGAACCAGGCCAGGGGGACCGGAUUGAACCAGACCAGAGGAACCGGAUUGAACCAUGCCAGAGGGACCGGAUUGAACCAGGCCAGGGGGACCGGAUUGAACCAGACCAGAGGAACCGGAUUGAACCAUGCCAGAGGGACCGGAUUGAACCAGGCCAGAGGGACCGGAUUGAACCAGGCCAAGUGUGACCAGGUGUUCUCUAAGUGCCCAGUCCGGGCAGUGGAACUGGCCAGCCUCAUGGGCCAACUAUGGGGAUGUGAUCACUCUUCUUCUCGGUAACUGUCACAC